AUGGCCGAACAGACAGUUGUGGAGAAAAUGAGCGAACUCAACAUGAGCGAAGGUGAAAAGAGAGGAAAAGGGAAUGAUAAAGAUGGAGGAAAGAAAAAGGUGAAAAAUAAUGCAGGUGAUGCUGGAGGUAGAGCUGAGCUUUCACCAGCACCCGAGUACAUCGAUGAGCGCUUGACAUUGUACUCAAAACUCAAAGCUGAGCAUGACGCCCUCAUGGCAGAGAGAGCUGCCAAAGAGUCUCGAGCUAUCAAAGUCACCUUACCUGACGGGAAGGUGGUGGAUGCAGAGUCUUGGAAGACAACGCCCUACCAAGUUGCCUGCGGAAUUAGUCAAGGCCUGGCCGACAACACAGUGAUCGCCAAGGUGAACAAAGACGUGUGGGAUUUGGAUCGGCCUUUGGAGGACGACUGCAGCCUCGAGUUGCUCAAGUUUGACGAUGACGAGGCUCAGAGUGUUUACUGGCACUCCAGCGCUCACAUCCUGGGGGAAGCCAUGGAGCGAGUGUACGGGGGUUGCCUUUGCUACGGCCCGCCCAUCGAAAACGGUUUCUACUACGACAUGUUCCUCGAAAGCAACGACGGAGUGUCGAGCAACGACUUCCCAUGUCUGGAAGGCUUGUGCAAGAAAAUAAUCAAGGAGAAGCAGCCGUUCGAGAGGCUGGAGAUUAAAAAGGAAACUCUGUUGGAGAUGUUCAAGUAUAACAAGUUUAAAUGUCGCAUUUUGAACGAGAAGGUCACAACUCCCACCACGACUGUUUACAGGUGUGGCCCAUUAAUUGAUCUGUGUCGGGGACCGCAUGUAAGACACACAGGAAAAAUCAAGGCACUUAAGAUCCACAAGAACUCCUCCACUUACUGGGAGGGAAAAGCGGACAUGGAAACCCUCCAGAGGAUUUACGGUAUCUCCUUCCCCGACCCCAAAAUGCUGAAAGAGUGGGAGAAGUUUCAAGAAGAGGCCAAGAAUAGAGAUCAUCGCAAACUGGGCCGGGAGCAGGACCUGUUCUUCUUCCACGACCUGAGUCCGGGGAGCUGCUUCUUUCUGCCUAAAGGCGCCUUCAUCUACAACACCCUGAUUGAGUUCAUCAGAAGUGAGUACAGAAAAAGGGGAUUCCAGGAGGUGGUGACCCCCAACAUUUACAACAGCAAGCUAUGGCAGACUUCAGGUCAUUGGCAGCAUUACAGCGACAACAUGUUCUCCUUUGAGGUGGAGAAGGAGACAUUUGCCCUAAAACCUAUGAACUGCCCUGGCCACUGUCUGAUGUUCGAUCACCGUCCACGCUCUUGGAGAGAGCUUCCCCUCCGCAUGGCGGACUUUGGCGUCCUGCACCGCAACGAGCUAUCGGGAGCCCUCACCGGCCUCACCCGCGUGCGUCGCUUCCAGCAGGACGACGCACACAUUUUCUGCACCAUGGAACAGAUCGAGGACGAAAUUAAGGGCUGCCUGGACUUCCUGCGUACCGUGUACGACGUGUUCGGCUUCACUUUCAAGCUCAACCUCUCUACGAGACCGGAGAAAUUCCUCGGAGAGCCCGCCGUCUGGGAGCAGGCAGAAAAGCAACUAGAGAACAGUUUGAAUGACUUCGGGGAGAAAUGGGUUCUCAACCCGGGCGAUGGCGCUUUCUACGGACCAAAGAUCGACAUCCAGAUUAAGGACGCUAUCGGCCGAUACCAUCAGUGUGCCACCAUCCAACUGGACUUCCAGCUACCCAUCCGCUUCAAUCUCAGCUUUGUCAGCCAUGAUGGCGACGACAAGAAAAGACCAGUGAUUAUCCACAGAGCCAUCCUGGGAUCAGUUGAACGGAUGAUCGCCAUCCUGACCGAAAACUACGGAGGCAAAUGGCCGCUGUGGCUAUCACCUCGCCAAGUUAUGGUAGUACCGGUCGGACCAACCUGUGAGGAGUACGCUCAGAAGGUUCAGCAAGACUUCCACAACGCCGGCUUCAUGAGUGACGUGGAUCUGGACCCCGGAUGCACUCUGAACAAGAAGAUCCGAAACGCCCAGCUGUCACAGUACAACUUCAUCCUGGUUGUGGGGGAGAAGGAAAAGACGAGUAAUACCGUCAACGUACGCACUCGGGAUAACAAAGUUCACGGCGAGCGCGGCGUGGAUGAAUGCAUUCACCGUCUCAAAGAGCUCAAAGCAGCCAAGACGAGGAACGCCGAGGAGGAUUUCUGA